CCGCUCUCCUUGGAGCCUCCCAGGGCGCGAGGCAGGCCGGGUGCCCGUCUCCCCGACUGUGGCACCGCCGUCGCCCCAGUCGCGUCACACCUCCAGCACGUCCGGGAACUGCAGGACUGUCACCGGGAGGGUGCGGCGCCCCAUUCACGCCCACUCCGGGCGGACAAGGCGGAAUCAGAAUCUGAUCAGUCAUUGGGUCCCUUGUCUUCCGGGGCGGGACCAGAGGUGAGAGGCGGGGCUUCCUGUCCAACUGUCACUAUUUCCGGUGUGUGUCGGAAGAAGUUCCUGCAGAGGGAAUCGGGACGUCAGACGCUUCGUGGCUUUCCGUGUCUGGUGAGACGAGUGAAGGGCUUCUGUCUCGUGGGCCAGAACGUUGAUCGCUAGAUUCUUGGCUCAGUCGCCUCUGACUUCUCGCCUAGCGAUGGCGACGUACACCUGCAUCACUUGCCGGGUGGCGUUCCGCGACGCGGAGCUGCAGCGGGCCCACUACAAGACGGACUGGCACCGCUACAACCUGCGGCGAAAGGUGGCGGGCAUGGCCCCGGUCACCGCCGAGGGCUUCCAGGAGCGGGUGCGCGUUCAGCGGGCCGUGGCGGAGGAGGAGGGCAAGGGCACGGCCACCUACUGCACCGUGUGCAGUAAGAAGUUCGCGUCGUUCAACGCCUACGAGAACCACCUCAGGUCCCGGCGGCACGUGGAGCUGGAGAAGAAGGCCGUGCAGGCGGUGAACCGGAAGGUGGAGAUGAUGAACGAGAAGAACUUGGAGAAAGGGCUGGGUGCGGACGGCGUGAAUAAGGACGCCAUGAACGCGGCCAUCCAGCAGGCCAUCAAGGCCCAGCCGUCCGUGUCCCCCAAGAAGGCGCCCUCCGUGCCCGCCGAGGAGUCGGGCAGGGCCGUGGCCGCCGGUGGACGGGGGGCGCACGACCGGGACCCCGCGGAGAAACCGCCCCGGCUGCAGUGGUUUGAACAGCAGGCGAAGAAGCUGGCCAAGCAGCAGGGGGAGGAGAGCGAGGAGGAGGAGGAGGAGGAGCUGGAUGAAGAAGAUUGGGAAGAUAUUGAUUCUGAGGAAGAACUGGAGAUGGAAGACACUGAGGUCGUGGAUGACUUGGACGGGCUGGAAGCGAAGGACGAUGAAGCUGGGGAAAGCCCAUGCCUAGGAGCCAUCCCCGUAACGGACUGCUUGUUCUGUUCCCAUCAUUCAAGCUCCCUUGUGAAGAACGUGGCUCACAUGACUAAAGUCCACAGUUUCUUUAUUCCUGACAUAGAGUAUCUCUCUGACCUUAAGGGACUGAUUAAAUAUUUGGGUGAAAAAGUUGGUGUUGGGAAGAUUUGCUUGUGGUGCAAUGAGAAAGGGAAGUCCUUCUACUCCACUGAAGCUGUACAGGCCCAUAUGAAUGACAAAAGCCACUGUAAGCUCUUCACAGACGGUGAUGCUGCUCUGGAAUUUGCAGACUUCUAUGAUUUUAGGAGUAGCUACCCAGAUCACAAGGAAGGGGAGGACCCUGCUGAGACCGAGGAGCUGCCUUCAGAAAGGAACUUGGAAUAUGAUGACGAGACCAUGGAGCUGAUUCUGCCUUCGGGUGCCAGAGUGGGUCAUCGCUCGUUGAUGAGAUACUACAAGCAGCGAUUCGGCUUGUCAAGAGCUGUGGCCGUGGCUAAAAAUCAGAAGGCCGUGGGCAGGGUGCUCCAGCAGUACCGAGCGCUGGGGUGGACCGGCAGCACAGGCGCGGCUCUGGCUCGGGAGCGGGACAUGCAGUACGUGCAGAGGAUGAAGUCCAAGUGGCUGCUCAAGACGGGGAUGAAGAACAACGCCACCAAGCAGAUGCACUUCAGGGCCCAAGUGAGAUUCUGAGUCUGCCCCGCCAGCGCCCUCCUUGCUAGGGAGCGCGGCCUCCGGUGGGAUGACCCUUUCGCUGCUGGUGGUUUGUUGUGAACCUGUAAUAAAAGUCGGAAUCGGAGUGGU